UAGUUGUAGUAUAUUUCAAUGAUGGCCACGAGCUGCACGCUGCCUGCAUUUUAUAAAAUCGAAAUUUAAAUAUAGUUAAAACUAAAAUAGUUAACAUGUAAAUUGAUAAUGUAGCAAGCAAGUGUUGUUAUUAGUUUGCAAAAAGCGCGAAAUUCGAUUAAACAUAUGUAUGUAUUUCGUAAGCUCGCUUGCUGUUGCUGUGUACGUGUGUAGGUGUCUGUAUGUGUGUGUAUGUGUGCUUUUUGGAAUGUUGCUUUGCACGAAAUUCAAAUUGUGACCAUCCUUGAGAUUUUUUGUGAUACAGCAAUAUUAAGUGACAGAGAGAGAUCAAAAGAGAGAAAGACUAUGCAUAAUAAAAGCGAAAUAAAGUAAAAAAAAGAAAUGGAUGAGCACACAUUGAAUGACCUGUUGGAAUGUUCGGUGUGCUUGGAACGCUUGGACACCACAUCCAAAGUUUUGCCAUGUCAACACACCUUCUGUCGCAAGUGCCUGCUGGACAUCGUUGCCAGCCAGCACAAAUUACGGUGUCCGGAAUGUCGUGUUUUGGUCAAUUGUCGCAUCGACGAGCUGCCGCCAAAUGUGUUACUCAUGCGAAUUUUAGAAGGCAUGAAACAAACGGCUGGCAAGAAUGAAACUAAAAUCGAAGAGUUGCCAACUACCACACCUCAACUACAGCAGGAGUUGUCAGCAACACAAAAAGCCCAACAGCAGCAGCAGCAACAACUGCAGCAAAAGCAGCAGCAACAAUCGCAGCCAGUGCAGCAGGCACCGCCAUCGGAGCAACCACAGCAGACAGCACGCCAAAAGCCGCGAAGAUUUCUCCUGCCACACGCUUAUGCCCUGUUCGAUUUUGUUAGCGGUGAAGCGAGCGAUUUAAAGUUUAAAAAGGGUGACUUAAUAUUGCUGAAACAGCGCAUCGACAACAACUGGUUUGUGGGCCAGGCGAAUGGACAAGAGGGCACAUUUCCCAUUAAUUAUGUUAAGGUGGCUGUGGCGCUGCCCAUGCCGCAGUGCAUUGCCAUGUACGAUUUCAAGAUGGGUCCCAGCGAUGAGGAGGGCUGUCUGCAGUUCAGGAAGAGCACCGUCAUCCAUGUUCUGCGCCGUGUCGAUCACAAUUGGGCUGAGGGACGAAUUGCGCAAACAAUUGGCAUAUUUCCCAUUGCAUUCGUUGAACUGAAUGCGGCAGCUAAAAAGCUGCUGGAAAGCGGUGCUAGCAAUCCACAGCCUGUGCCAUUAAUGCAACAGCAGCAGCAACAACAACGUGCUUUGCCUGCGGUGCCAUUGAUUGAUCCCACUCACAACAAUACGAAUGACUCCAGCACAGGUUCCUCCUCCUGCUCCUCGAUCAACAACAACAGCAGCAGCAGCAAUUCGAGCUCAACUUGCAGCUCGAACAAUUGCAGUCCAAAUCAUCAAUCGCUGCCAAAUACACCACAACAUGCAGCGGCUGUAGCUGCUGCAGCUGCUGCUGCUGGUGGUGGCUCGGUGCGUUAUCGCGACAAGGGUGCCAAGGAGAAGAGACACUCUCUGAACGCUCUACUUCAAUCGGCGCCACUCAGUUUGCUGCAAACGAAUCGCCAUUCCGCCGAGAUACUCAGUUUACCACACGAGCUGAGUCGCCUCGAGCUGAAUACGCAACAAGCAACAACAACAACUGCUGCUGCUACUACAGCUACAGCAGCAGCAGCAGCAUCGCGUGUUCUCAAAACUCAUGUACAUCAACAACAAUUGCCGCCAACGUUGCCCUGGGGCUAUCUUGCCCUCUUCCCCUACAAGCCACGCCAAUCCGACGAACUGGAGCUGAAAAAGGGGUGCGUUUAUAUUGUCACAGAGCGUUGUGUCGAUGGCUGGUUUAAGGGCAAAAACUGGCUGGACAUCGUGGGCGUCUUUCCGGGCAACUAUCUGACUCCGCUGCGCACACGCGACCAGCAACAGCUGAUGCAUCAGUGGAAAUAUGUAAUGCCCGCAACGGAUGCGAAUGCGCCAACGUCAACGGUGCAAUCGUUAGAUGUGCGUCUUAGCAAUAUGCUGCCCAUACAGCCACCAGAUUUGCCGCCACGACAACAGCAGCAACUGCAGCAGUCGCAGCAACAACAACAGCAACAGCAAUCGACUACCAGCUGCUCGGUGUGGACCAAGCCAGUGGAGGCGCUCUUUAGUCGCAAAUCGAGCACAACAGCCGAUAGCAGUGGCAAAGCGGAUACCUCCAGUUCCGGCAGUUCCUCCGGCGCUGUUGGUCUAAUGCGACGUUUGACGCAUAUGAAAACGCGUUCCAAGUCACCAGGUGCGCCACUCCAGCAGCAGCAGCAGCCGGCGCCAAAAGAGUUCAGCAACACAACAAUAGAGAGCAAUGUGAAAGCGGCGCCAAUGCAUCCAGUGCAUGUCAGAUCCGGUUCGUGUCCCAGCCAGCUUCAACAGAGUCAGCCAUUGAAGGACACAUCUGUGGUGGCUGCUGCUGCAGGCCAACAGCAGUUGCAACCCAACAGCAGCAGCAGCAUCUCCUACGGCUCCCAGCGCAUCAAGAGCAACAAAGAGCGACCGCAUUUGCUUUGCGCUAGGCAAUCUCUGGAUGCUGCCACCUUUCAGAGCAUGUACAAUAAUGCCGUGCCGCCAGCAGCAUCAAGCCAUACACAAACCCAAACACAGCUGCAUGCGAACAUGAUUAUGGCGCCCAAUCAUCGCAAGAGCCAAAGCCUGGACGCUGGACAUGUGCUCGGUGGCAGCAACAGCAACAUAAAUGGCAACAAUGGCGCCAGUCUGAUCACUGAGGCAGCCAUCAAGGCCAGUGCCACAACAAAGUCCGUCUACUGCACGCGAGAGAGUCGCUUUCGCUGCAUUGUGCCGUAUCCGCCGAAUAGUGAAAUUGAGCUGGAAUUGCGACCGGGAGAUAUUAUUUAUGUGCAGCGCAAGCAGAAGAAUGGAUGGUAUAAGGGCACCCAUGCGCGCACCCAUAAAACUGGUUUAUUUCCCGCUUCCUUUGUGGAACCGGAUAUUUAGCUUAGUAAAUCUCCAUUCCCUGAUGAUGAUAAUAAUUAUGACACACAUUCGUGAUGAAAUUCGAAAUUACACACAAAAAACACAUCAAAAUUCUACGCAAUUUUGAAUCGCCGGUCGAUUUGAGCUUCCACAAAAUGUUUGCCAAACUCGCAAAUCUCUUUUCGAAAAAGAAGUUUUUGAAUACUUUUGGUACUGCAGCGCUCGAAUACAAAUGCUCGAUUAUGUAGUUUUAAUACGAUUUUCAAUCAAAAUACUAGCUAGCUAGCAUAUAAGUGAAAAAUUGUACUUAAGACAUUUAACGUUUAAUUAGUUAGUGAAAUCGAAACAACGAAACAAUCUAUACAACUCCAAGCGUAGAUUCCUUCUGUACUCUACAUAUAACUAACAAACCCGUUAUGCGUAGUACUUAUAUACUAUACAUUAUAUAUAUUAAUAAUAAAACCUAUUGUGCAGCAACAUGGCAAAAGAUUUAACAGUUUGAA